AAAAACGAAGGAAACAAAAAAUUAAAAAAAAAACAAAACCAUUCCGUUUUAAUAUUGUCGACGAUUUGUGUUAGUGUAUAAAUUCAGUGCUGCAGCUUGAAAUUAUUUUAAAUUAAAGCAUGGACUCACCAACACCGCCAAUUGUUAUUGAGGAUCCCAACGGUUCAGCAAUGGAUGCCUGUUUUACCGCAUUCGAUAAAGAUGGUGAUGACCGCCUCAAUUUAGCCGAAUUUUCCUUAAUAUGUCGAGCUCUAUUCCGCAAUGACAGAGGCCAUAUUUAUGACGUACCCGAGGAUCGUUUAGAGCAGAUUUUUUCAGUAUUUGAUACAAAUGAAGAUGGCCACAUUGACAGAGAAGAAUUUAAGUUUUGUUGGAAUCAGUGGAUUAAAACGAUUGUACGUCCUGUGAACGCGUUCCUCAUUGUUGAUGUACAAAAUGACUUUAUAAGUGGUUCCUUGGAUAUAAGUAAUUGCAGUGCACAACAAAAAGGACAUGAGAUAUUGGAGCCCAUUAAUAAUCUUUUGGACACUGUUGAGUUCGAUGCCAUUUUCUAUUCAUUUGACUGGCAUCCCAGCGAUCAUGUGUCAUUUAUUGACAAUGUUAAAAUGAGACCAUUAGAUGAAAAUUCACCCGUUGAUGCCGAUUCAGCACAAGUAUUCGAUACCGUGGUAUUUGCCGGACCACCACCCAUGAAACAGCGUCUGUGGCCACGCCACUGCGUUCAAGACUCUUGGGGCGCUGAACUGCACAAGGAUCUGAAAGUGGUCGAUAGUGGUGUUAAGGUGUACAAGGGCACUAAUCCAGAAGUGGAUUCCUAUUCAGUAUUUUGGGACAACAAAAAACUCUCCAACACCACACUCAAUGUCCAGCUAAAGAUGAAGGGUACCACCGACAUUUAUGUCUGUGGCUUGGCCUACGAUGUGUGUGUGGGUGCUACUGCUGUGGAUGCUUUAUCGGUGGGUUAUCGCACCAUCUUGAUUGAUGACUGUUGCCGGGGCACAGAUAUUCAUGAUAUCGAACAUACCAAGGAGAAGGUGAUGAGCAAUCAUGGUGUGGUUGUGCACUCGAAUGAGGUCAAAGCCAUGGUUGAGGGUAGAGAUCGCCGUCCAGAAUUGGGCUAUAAGUUGGCCAUGGAAUUGAAAAAUCCCGAUUCCGUUUUAUCUCAGCGCAGCAAUGGCAUACGUUCGGUGGAAUAAAUAACUGGUUUAUUUAAAAAAGCACAAAAUACUAAAUUUAAAUCUCUAAAUGACCUUAAUGCUUGCCUUUCCGCCUCCCUUGAAGCUAUAUACUAAUUUACUUACUUAUUAACUUAUAGUACUUAAUGUUAGUUACUUAAUUUACCUAAAUAUUAAACUAUAUAGUACCUUCCUUAAGGUACGUUUAUUUUACGAAAUAUUUGACGAAAACUGCGCAACCACUAUUUUCAGAAAAUGUAUAUUCAAUAUUAGAUAACUUUUAUAAGAGCCAACAACGUCAAACUACAUAAAAAUAAUCUUAUAUUGAAUAUUUUCUAUACUGAAACUUUGUAAUUUAAAUAAAUAUUUGUUCAAAUAAAAUAUAAAUGUGAGCUUUUUGGUGGUGGCGCUUUUUUUUGUCAAAAUAUUUCAACAAUGUGAACGCACCUUUACUAACAUAUCAUUAUUUUUUAGCUUUUAACAAAUUUCACCUCCAUUCUCUGUAAUAAUUUUUUAAGUGAACAAUCAAUGUUUACUAUUUUGUAGUUUUAAUUCGUUGCUGAAAACGAAACACCACUUUACUAGAUCACUAUCUUCAAUUUAUGCUUAAGCAACUUCAUUCAAUUCAACCUUAAAUAAUUGUAUUUAUUGUCUUAAUAACUUUAUUGUACUCGUUAAGGCAUUUGAUAUGCACUUGGAUAAUUGUUUGUUUAAGUUAAUUUAACAAGAAAAAAAUACAAAAUAUUUUAAUGGAUAUUAUUUAACAAUUAGAAUUUGAAAUAAAAGACAUACACCUAAUAAACUAAAUAA